AGGAGCCUCAUACGAAGCCCAGGUGUUGUGGUGGGUGUACGCGCGCCAAGAUCCGCUCCAGCGAGCGGCGCUCUCAAACCUUCUUCCUUUCCUCCUCCUGAAGCUGCUGCUGGUGUAGCUGCCGGGCGAGAAAAAAAAAAACUGCUUCGAUGCUUCUGACCCGUCGUCGCUCGCCGCCGCCGCGGAUCGGUGAAAUAAUUCGCCUGUAGCAAAGCUUGAAAAAGAGAGGGAAAUCAGUGUCGUCUCCGAUGUGAAAGAUCAGAGAAAAUACCGCGAGACACUUGUAGUAGUGGUGAUCUAACAGUGAAGUUCAUUUUGUAACGAGUCGAUGUGUUUGUUCGAAGUGAUCCUUUUCUGUUGUUGAGUUGUUCCUUGAGUUUUCCUGUCCGAGAGAGACGGCGACGACGCGUCGCCCUCGAGGAGCGUCCGGCCAAGAUGUUGAAUCCGUUCAUGGACAGCGGGCACAUGGGGUCGCUCAUGGGCCACAAGCUCAGCCCUCCGACCCAUCACAUGGGCGCCGAGGGCCUCACCCACACGCAAAGCAACCAGUACAACAAUGGUUACGGGAUGUCCCACCACACGAUGCACCAUGGGCACAUGGGCACUUACCCCAGGGAGCUCUUCCUCCGGCGGGAUCACAUGACGUCCUUAGGCACUCUGGGCACUCAUGACCUCGCCAACAACCAGCACCACGCCAUGUUCGGAGCGACGUUAGCGGGCCACGACCCGUCGUCCAUGAUGUUCCCCGGCCUGCACGACGCCCACCACGGCCACAUGAACAACAUGAACCGCUUGGCGGGCAUGGAUUGGUCCCACCAGCAAAUGGGCUCCCAAUUCCACCACGGCAUGAACCACAUGAACAUGAACCCCAUGGCGGCCGCCCACACGCCGGGGGCGUUCUUCCGCUACAUGAGACAACCCAUCAAGCAGGAGCUGUCGUGCCUGUGGGUGGACCAGGACCAGCCCAACCCCAAGAAGCCGUGCAACAAGACCUUCAACAGCAUGCACGAAAUCGUCACGCACAUCACGGUCGAGCACGUCGGAGGGCCCGAGUGCACGAACCACGCCUGCUACUGGCAGAGCUGCCCCAGGAACGGCAGGUCCUUCAAAGCCAAGUAUAAGCUGGUCAACCACAUACGGGUACACACGGGCGAGAAGCCCUUCCCGUGUCCCUUCCCCGGAUGCGGCAAGGUCUUCGCCAGAUCCGAGAACCUCAAAAUACACAAGAGAACUCACACGGGCGAGAAGCCCUUCAAGUGCGAGUACGAAGGCUGCGACCGCAGAUUCGCCAACUCCUCCGACCGCAAGAAACACUCACACGUCCACACCUCCGACAAGCCUUACAACUGCAAAGUGCGCGGCUGCGACAAGUCCUACACCCACCCCUCCUCCCUCAGGAAACACAUGAAGGUCCACGGCAAGUCUCCGCCUCCGUCGGGCUCCGGCUACGAGAGCGACGACUCGACCACCACCAACGGCACCUCUACCUCGUCCUCCCUCGUCUCCUCCUCCAACACUGGCCAGACGUCGCUGGUCACCGGUCCCGCCCACGGCCAGGUCACGAAUGGCCCAGGGGCGGGGAACGGCGCCGGAGGAGGCACGGGAGGCGGAGGCGGCGGAGGAGGAGGAGGAGGAGGAGGAGGAGGAGGCGGUGGUGGCGGCGGUGGGCAUUCGGUGAACCUCAGUGAAUGGUAUGUCUGCCAAAGCGCAGCCGGCAUGCCCACUCCUCCCAGCAACGAACACAGCCCCGUGGGCGGCUUGACUCACGUCUUGCCGCCCACUUCGACGGCGUACUAGCAGUGGGCGGCCUUGACGCACCCUCCCGCAACCCAUCCACCCACGUCCUUUAGAUAGCAUAGCUCCUCUUUGUACAAAAUCGAAUAACGAGGAAGACGCUCUGCCUCGAGAGAGGAAAAAAAAAAAAAAAAAAUAAAAACAUUGCCUCCUGCAGAGACUUAACUGUGCUUUGAAGUGAAAGCCAAGAGAAACACGCCCCGAGAGAGUCAUUCUCUCUUUCUCUCUCCCUCAUUCUCCCUUGUGGCCUGCGCGCUUCGGGAGGGUCGAGUCAUCGCUGUACAACACCCACCGCCACCGUCGUCACUCGUCCUAAAGUGUAAAUAGUGUGUAUACAUGAUGUACAGUGUAAAAAGGUGUAUAUACAAGUUAUACAAAUAAGUUUUUACUGCGCGAGAGUAAUACUACUGCGUUGAUGAUGCUUCUCUCCGGCGGAAGGAAGGAAGUGGAGAGCUGUUGAAUCGAGUUUUAACCCGUGACCUUAGAACAUCUGCUGACCUUAUCAUCACCUGAUUCUGUCAUGUGUGUCCUAUAUUUUUCUCGAACCACAAAAAUGUUCGGUCUUACCAUUUUCUGUAAGGUGCUCAACACUACCACUAUUUAUUACUCCUUUUUGCAGUCUGGUCCUCGACGUCUGAGAGGCAAUCAUUGAAUGUGCAGCAGAGUGCGUUAUUUAAAUAAGGAAAGUACAUAGUAUAUCUUAUGGAAAUGUCAAAAUUGACCAUAAAUCAUUUAAAAUAUAUUUUGACCUUAAAUUAUUCGAAACGUCAGAACUGACUAAAUACAUUAUGGCUUCUCCUUGUCAGGACUAUCAAAUUAAAUUUUAGAACCAAAUAAAUUAUAAAUAUAUAAUUCGCGAAAAGUAUAGAAAUCUUCAAUAACGUUUCAACGUAAUCACGUAAUGCAUAAACUCAAAUGUACUAAUUACAUUUAAUGAUUACUGUUUAGUCUUUUAUCUGUCUAAUCGAUACUGUCAAUUCUGACAAGACUUAAUUUUAAAUCAUUGUAAAGAGACUAAAAGCCAAUGUUCUUGGUCAUGUUUGGAUGACAGUCGUUUUUAUUAUUGUAAGAAUCUGUCAUUGGGUAACUGACAAAUAAGGGUUCGUAAGAAUCUUUAGAAUAAUCCGUGACUGAUUUACUGGAAGUGAUCUGAUUAGCUUGAAAUUUUAUUGUCAACCUGGACCGUAUCGUUGAUUUUAAAAUGUGGUGCUCUUAAUACAGAAUUUAUAUUUUCAGUGAAUUGCAGUUGUGUAAAUAUAUACUAAAUAAGUAAAACAUAAAGUACAAAAUAUGUAAUGCUAAAUCUCAUCUACAAUUAACGCUCGUUUUGAUCAAAGGUCACAUUCUUAUUAGUAGUUUGGUUAAUUUUGCAUUUCACAAUUUUAUUUCUCAAGUUCCUUUCAAUGGCACUGGCUGUUUGGGUACGGUAUACCUUAUAAAACAAAGUUUUUUUCACACGAUCGUAAUAUAAAAUUUUAAAAAUUUGUCUAGCCAGUUGCUUAAAUAGACCCUUUCUAUAAAAGUAUGAAUUUUUUCCCCCCAGAGUAUUUCAUCAUGGAAUUAUGUCUUACAAAUCUCUCUCUACCAUAUGAUAAAAACCCGUCCUACCUUUUGUAACAGAACGAAACAAUUUCUACCAAAAAAAUCGACAUUAAUCUUAGUAAAUGACAUGAAAUAAAAGCGCCUGCAAUUAUGUCAAUCUCUCGUCGCCCAGACGGAAAGGACCAGACUACAAAGCUAUGUUUCACAGUGACUCCAAAAGCAAUGUACCUCCGUUCCAAUAUAUGUAUAGUGUUGUUUUCUUUCUUUUUUUUUCUUUCAUUAAAAAAUAAACCGUA